AUGGAGAAGCACGAACAACAACCGUUCGACGAUGACGAGCCGGACGAAUGGGACAAACGGAUUAUCAAAACUGGCUGCGCAGCAUACAACCUUGACGAAAACUACAAAAUGUCGAGAAGAUCGCUAUUCAAGACCAAACCUGAAAAUUCCGAGGGCCCGUUGAUAACUCCGUCCAAAGUGCGCCGGUUCAAGGCUGCGCUUGCACGCAAAUCUGACGAGUCCGGGAACACUCGUUUGAAACGUCUGCUCUGGCUAAACAAACAAAAAAAAGUGUGA